CAAUAAACUCAAUCUGAUUAAGAUAUUGUUACGGUAACAAUAAAUAAAUAAAAGCUAUAAACUGUCUAGCAUUCAUAUUUUUUAUCAAUUUUCACAUUUUGUUGAAUAAGCUAACAUUGAGGACAAUGUUUGGUGUAAAAAUGAAAAAUUUAAUUUAAAUUGUUCAAUAACACUCAUCUGAUUGAAGGUCUGUGUUAAAUUUGCUUUGGUAAUGGCUAUAAAUUAAGCCAGGGAAAUUUGAAAAGCCAACAAACAAGAGUUGACCAUUGAAGGCUAAAUUGUUUCCCAAGGUGUAAUUACAAAUUAUGUUUCGUCAAAUUAUGUUUGUAAUUAGCAUGGAUACAGCUAGGAUGAUUAAAUGGUAAUGAAGUCGACUCUCUAUUAAUGAUUAACCCGUUCAAGCGAUACGCAUGAAUAGGCUAACCAUUUACGUUUGAAAACUCGCUUUUCUUCAGGCUCGGACGAUUCUGGUAGAGAGAAAGAAAAUUGACACUAAUCAUCCUUUCAGAAUUGUUGAUUACCUCCUCCAAUCAUCCAGCUUUACCUUAUUUCUCAAUGAUGCUUUAAUUAAUGGAGGAGUUGCGGAUCAUCAAAUUAGUAGGAGUGAUUUGAAAAAUGUUUCUCAGGUAAUAGAAAAGAAGAAGUAGAAUGUAAUGUUUUUGCUGUAAAUGUAAGUGAAUGUUUGUGUGUAUUGAGAAGGAAACUAAUCACAUAAUCAGAAUAAUGCAUUUUAACAUUUGAAACUAUUUUUUAGCGUCUGACCCAAGUUUUCAUCCAAAAUUUUCAUUUCUACUUUUUUCCCUCUAAACAACAGCAGUUACAACAACAGCAAAGUCAAACGUAAACAGCAAUUUAUCUUCAAUCAUCCUUAUUCUUUUCCUUUCCAUUAAGUCUUUUUUAACUUUUGUCUCCAUUAUUGGUAAAUUUGUUCAAUCAAAUCAAUCAGUGAACAAUAAGCAACGUUAACCAGCCAGUUUUCACCCUUUUUUAACAUGUUUGCUUGCUAACUGCGGCAACAACAGUUCGUCCAUAGUUUUACUCGCUCAGUGUGCUUUAUCAAGAAACAUUUAACCAAAGUUGUGUAUCUGGACUCACAAUGGACGAUGAUCAAACAAAACCAGAGUGCAAGGAUAAAGUGAUUGACAGAUAUCGUAAAUUGGUCGAUGAAGGCUCCUAUGAAGUUGGUGUUUCGCCCGAAAUUGACCCAAGUGUCCCUCCUCCUUGGUAUGAUAAAGAUAAAUUCAAGCAAGCUCAAUCGACGGCAGCUAAAUUUUUUCCAAGUUUGAGUUUUGCCUCAUUCUCAGGAUUAUUGAUUGGCAUCCAGAUUCCACUUUUCUUGGAACCAUUGUUACUAACUGGAACACAUGAAACGAUUCCUAAACUGUUUCGCCGGUAUCUGGAUACAGUUCUUAAAGUACAUACCUGGUACGGAGAUGAUCCAUUUGAAGAGGGAAGUAAAUCUUACAAAUCACUUCGUCAAGUGAGGCGAAUGCACAAUAAUGUUACCAAAAUGAUGAACGAAAGAACUGGUCGAGUCCAGGGAAAAGAUAAAAUUUGGGUUUCCCAAUGUCAAAUGGCAAUGACUCAGGCUGGUUUCUUUGGUCUUCUAGUCCUGGUACCUGGUAAAUGUUUUGCUCAUGGAAUCAGUGACAAAGAACUGGAGGAUAUUAUUUAUCUGUGGAGAGUUCUGGGCUAUCUAAAUGGUAUCAAAGAUAAGUACAAUUUGUGUUCAGGUAACUUGGAAGAGACUCGGGUUUACUUGAAACACAUUUUCACCUCAUUUGUCAUACCACAGAUUAUACAGACUCCCAAUCAUCCUUAUCCAAUCGGAUUUGAGGUAGCUAAAGGGAUCGCUAACUCAUUACGACCAAUUAGACCAGCUAUUAGAUGGCAAACAAUACUUUAUUAUUGGUAUGAGAUACUUAAUAUACCCUUUCCUUAUAAACUCAGUAUUGGUCAUCGAUUGCUUCUUGCUUUUAGUAAAUUUUCAUUUACAGUUUUAUUACGCUUUCGUUUUAUGUAUAAUCUAUUUAAUCGAGCUUUAAGGCGACGUGUCCAGCGAGCUGAACAAUUCAAGGAAAAAAUUGAAUCAGCUUUAGCUGCUAAAUAUCCCGACUCAAAGUAUUCAGCUGGAUGUCCCUACAAAUUAACCCUUGAUUGGGUUUCAUCCAAGCCAAUUACUCCCUCUGAUGUUAUACCUGAUAUCAAUGAUAAUGAUACUCGGUUAAAUGUUAAAUUACAGUCAAGUUGAUAAUUUAAUCUGAUUUUUUCAACUUCACCUUGUUCAACUCUUUACAUUAAAAAGUCACACUGUCCAGCCUGUAAAUUAUUGUAAAUCUCAUUAUGAUACUUAAUUUUGCUUAAAAAUUUACUUUCUGGUCAACUUUUUUAUCGACAAUACAAAAGUUAACCUCAUUUAAUGUAAUAUAACCAUUUGAUUGUUAUGAGGAAGAUUAAAUUGUUU